UUGGAGGAGAGAGAGAGGAGCGAAGGUUGGGGUUUGAUCGGAAGAGAGGAGGCGACGAGAGAGAUGGAUCCGAAGCUGGUGGAAGUCACGCAGCUCUUCGAGCGCUUCAAAGCCGCGUUCGUGAGGAACGAUUUCGGCGCCUGCACCGAUCUCCUCUCCCACCUCAAGGUUCUGCUGACAAAAUUUCCUAGUUUGCCACCAUCAUAUGAGGAAACACCAAAUGCUGUCCAGGAACUGACAAUUGCAAGAGAUAUAUAUGAGCAUGCUGUUGUCUUGAGUGUGAAGACUGAAGAUCAAGAUGCUUUUGAAAGAGAUUUCUUUCAACUCAAACCGUUCUAUACUGAUACUUGUGGCAUAAUACCACCGUCACCCCAAGAGUACCCAAUCUUGGGCCUUAACCUUCUGAGGCUGCUUGUACAAAACAGAAUAGCGGAAUUCCAUACUGAACUUGAACUCCUUCCACAAAGUGCUUUGGAGAAUCCUUGCAUCAAGCAUGCCGUGGAGUUGGAACAAUCUUUCAUGGAAGGUGCUUAUAAUCGUGUAUUAAGUGCGAGACAGACCGUGCCACAUGAUACUUAUGUUUAUUUCUUGGAUCUUCUUGCGAAGACAGUCAGAGAUGAGAUUGCUGGGUGCAGUGAAAAAGCCUAUGAUUAUUUGUCAAUUAAUAAUGCCAAGAAAAUUUUAAUGUUCUCUACGGACCAAGAGCUUUCGGAGUAUAUCACAGAGGAACACCCGGAAUGGGAAAUCAAGAAUGGUUGUGUGUUCUUUCAAAAGGCAAAAGAAUCUCAACCUUGCAAAGAAAUACCCGCGCUGCAACUGAUCAACCAGACAUUGAGUUAUGCCAGAGAGUUGGAGCGCAUCGUUUAAAUGAAGUCCGUGGUGGCAAUUUAUAGCGUCCUAAAACACUCCAGCUUUAGUCGCAUGGCUUCUUCAACCACAGACAUUUUUGCUACGUUGUUUCUUCCAUUUGAGCCAACGUUGCUUCGCAUCAUCUCUGGCAAUUGGUAAGAAGAUUGAUCGGAUUUUGACUCCAAAACCACUUUUUAUUGUGUUUCUUUUGAACAAUGUGAUGCAGAUCUCUGAAUAGCUUUUCAUUAUUUUAUUGUGUCCAUCGGAACUAGAAAACGGAGAUCAGCAUUUGUGCGUUAUCCGGGAGUGUAUGCAGGAAGUUUCACAUGCAAGCCUUGGACUAUAGUUUAUGUUUAUGUGCAAUUUGUUGAUUGGCACAUGUUGUCCAUGCGAAGUUCUCCACUCGGAUUUCCUACAAAUCAAAAUCCACUCUUUUCA